CGUCGACCACCAUGCAUAUAGCCAUGGUCAGCGACUUCUUCCACCCCGCUGUCGGCGGCGUCGAGAACCACAUCUACAAUCUCUCCAUCAACCUCCUCAACCUCAAUCACACAGUCAUCGUCAUCACCCACGCCUAUGCAGAUAGAGUAGGCGUACGAUGGCUACUCCCUCACUUGAAGGUGUACUAUGUUCCCCUACCUCCUCUGCCAAAAAACCAAGUCACCCUCCCGAACUUCUUCACCUUCCUUCCCUACCUCCGCUCCAUCCUUUUAAGGGAACACAUCCAGCUUGUACACGCACAUGGAGCGCUAUCGUCCUUGGGCCAGGAGGCGCUGCUUCAUGCGCACCUGAUGGGGGUUAGGACGGUGUUUACCGAUCACUCCCUGUUUGGGUUCGACGACGCUGCGAGUAUAUUGACGAAUAAGCUGCUGGAGGGGGCGUUGAGAUGUGUCGAUGCGGUCGUCUGUGUUUCACAUACCGGGUGGGAGAACACGGUCCUGCGAGCAAGACUCGAACCGAGCAAAGCACACGUAAUACCCAAUGCUAUCGUCCCCUCCGACUUUGAGCCCUCGUCCACUCCUCCCCCUACAGAACCUAUAACGAUCGUCGUCAUCUCCCGCCUUGUGUACCGGAAAGGGAUAGAUCUUCUUAUCUCAGCCGCACCAAGGAUCUGUGCGAUGUACCCAGACGUGCGGUUCAUUGUCGGGGGAGAUGGUCCAAAACUUACUGCGCUCGAACAAACGCGCGAGACACACAUGCUGCAAGACCGCAUCCUACUGCUCGGCAGUGUACGACACAGCGACGUCCGAUCCGUCCUCACACGGGGGCAUAUAUUCCUCAACACCUCCCUUACAGAAUCCUUUGGUAUCUCGAUACUGGAAGCGGCGAGCUGUGGGCUGUUUAUCGUCAGUACCCGAGUGGGAGGUGUUCCGGAAGUACUGCCUGCCGAUCUGGUGGAGUUCGCCAACCCGGAUUCGGACGACGUGAUCCGCGCCCUAGAGCAUGCGAUCUCCCUCGUACGCCAAGGAGGACGCGACUCACACGCCGUCCACGCUCGCGUUAAGCAACUGUACGACUGGGCCCGGGUCGCCAAGCUUACGGAAGAGGUGUAUGAGAACGUCUUGGCGAGCGAGCCGUAUUCCCUUUGGGAAAGUAUGGUCCGGACCUCCCAGCUAGGGAUGUUCGCAGGACCGAUAUACCUCAUCAUCCUCGUCGUGGACUGCUUUUGGUUCUUCAUACUUUCCAAACUGGUGCCAUACGACGAACAACUGGAUGGGGUGCACGUGGAAUGGGAUAAGACCCGGUGGGAGGAGGCACGUCGGCUGUCUACGGCCCCAGAUGAGCGAGCGCUGAUGGGGUAUAGCUCAUGAGGGAGGCGAGGAAAGAGGUUGAGGGAGGAUGAGCUCGGGGCUGCUGUUGUUGCUGGGUGUGCGGUGACUAUGUUGGUUGGUGUAUGCUGAACCAUGUGUGCUGUUAUCCACACGUCGUUACUGUAAAACAUCUUCUAUGGUUGGCUUAUCGUGUAACCUCG